AUGGCCAUCCGUCGAGUCAGGGUACCGCAGCCAGAAAGCACAGCCCCAGACCGACCAACAGACGUAAGGACGGCGUCUUCACCCGCUAACUUUCUACCCUUCGCCAGCUACACCUCAGUGACAGGCGUGCACACCAGUCUCCUCGCCUUCACAGCCCUCUUUCUGCCCAGGACCUCUGUGUCCUUCCUCACAGACCUCUACCCCUGGCAAAGCAAACAUACACCCAUUGCCAGCGAUGAACCUCACCGUGCACUCCGUCUGCUUACGGAGAAUCCCACGCGGACCGUCGCGUGGAUGUGCGUCGGUGCAAUUGUGGUGCAGACGUGGUGGGCGAGUUGGCUGCGUGGGUGGAUGAUUGAGGAGAGAACGCGCGGCAUGGCUGAGGGGAAUGCGGCGGAGCAGACGAAGCAGAAGCUCCAGAGGAAGCACUGGGACGACCUCCGACUGGCGGCUUUUGGAAACGCAAUUUUGACCACUCUCGUUGUUUCCACCAUAUACUACAUCUUGCUGGUCCUCUUUGGAGCGCCGAUAGCGAGCCAUCCACUAGAGACUUCCGCCCUUGCACUCCUUCUCUCCCUCCUGACUUCGUUCACAUCUGCAUAUGUUCUCAGCCCUCCCUCUCUCAGAGCAGACUCGGAAGCGCUUGUAAGCCGACUGACCUGGAUCCGCCUUUUCGCAGAGCUCUCCCCUAGAACUCCCAUUGAAAGGGCUAUCGUGUAUCCUGCCGCAGGUACGCUGAUUGGAUGUUGGUCGGGCGCUAUCCCGCUUGGUCUCGACUGGGAGCGGCCAUGGCAGGCAUGGCCUCUGCCUCCCGCAUACGCGCCAUCACACAGCUCGCCGAUGCAUACUUGGUAUCCAACGUGA